CAUGAAUCCCAUCCAUCCCCUUCAACACCUCAGCAUCAAUCCCCUCACUUCCAUCUCUUCAGGCAAGAGAUUCACUCUUUAAUUCCCUUUUCCUCAUCCCUUCCUUCUCUUUCAAUCCAAUUUCCCAUCCCCAUCCAAGAAGUUGAGCACCGCAAUCAUGGCCAUUUACUCCAAUGUCCCGCCUCCCUCCCAACAACCCGCGCAAGCAACAGUAGAAAUCGAGGCCUGGACCGCCACGGCCCUACAAGCCCUCAAAAUCUCCCCCUCCGUGCAUGGCACCGGCGCAACUCUCUCCAUCCCCCUCGACUCUGACGAGACCCGCAAGGCUACCUUUUAUAAACCGCGCAAAGAGCCUCUGAAGCGCGAUAGCCAGAAGCGACGCGAGGCGCUGCUGAAAGGCAAAGAGGGAAGUCGGCGACGACAGAGAUGGGAGAAUGAUCGUCUCCUCCACGUCCCAAACGCACAACCUCCCCUCCCCUCAGACUGGGAAGUGCACCCCACGUACCCGGUCCACACCGUCCCCUAUUACCUCGCCCCUCUCUGGGACGCAGGGGUCCGUCAUCGCGCGGAGGAGAUCGCUGAAGAGAAGAAGCGUCUCACUUCCAAGCGCUCCGGCGUCGAGGAGCAGAAAGGCCGUGUCCCGCAAGAACUGAGGCAGAAGUUGAAGAAGAGUAAGGGUGCUAAAUCUCUGCUUCAGGAGCUGGAAGAGGAGGUGAGGGCUUUUGUCAAGGAGUUUGAGAGGAGGGAACAGGAGAAGGACGGUAGGGGUGAGGAGGUAGAGAUGGAUAGUGAAGAUGAAGAGAUCGUUUUCGUAGGCAGGAACGGCGUGAUGAGUGAUGAACAAAGGAAGACUGUGGAAGAGGAGCUUGAGCGCGAGAAGAUGAUCUUCGAUGCGUUGGAGGGGGACAAGGGGGCUAGUUUUGGGCGGUGGCUGGUGCAUAGUAUUGCGGCCUAUUAUGGGUUGAGUUCCAGGAGCGUGACGGUGGGGAAUCCGAGGAGGAGGGAGGCGUAUGUAGGGAUCCGGGAGAUGAAUGCUGGGAGACGGCUUUCUGAUGUGAGUGGUGAGUUACCGAGGCCGCUGUGGGGGAUGAUUUGAGGGCUUUGCAGGAAGGAGCUCGUUGGCUAUCAGUGCCGUGAGCUUGUACCUGCUUGGCUAUUUGUUCUGUUGGUGGUUUGGUUUUCUAAUUCGAUGUUUGAACUAUUUUUGCCGUAUAUUUUGUCUGAACUUCUGAUCUUCUUUGUACCAGAUGUUUUGAUAGAGCAUAGAGCAUACAAAUAGACAGAUUUCUCUAUUACACAAUUCAAUACAAU